AGCGACAAGUUGCUAUCCCCUGCAGGGAUGAAAUAGGCUGCUGCGGUUAACUCGGUCAUUUUUUUGAACUUAACACACACUUACUUGGCUUUUUUCGUAAACGUGGGUGUGGGCUACUGGCAUUGAAAUGUGUUUACCAUGCGCUGACAAGUGAGAAUCGCUCUCUUGCGCUGUACCGCAGACAGUCGGCGGGCGUCAUCAUUUGUCUGUUGUUGUGACGGCGCAAACCGGGUGAAGUAACCAAUGAGUCAGCAGCUGAUCGGGGUCAAUUUUACCUAACUACCCAGUCGCAACAAUGGCAGUCCCAGCUGCCACCACAUUACAACUGAGCACAUCAUCAAGCCCAAGUCUGCUGAAGCCUCAAGAGCACAACAUUCACAUUGACGACAGAGAUUUGGGAAACAUAGCAAGUGGCAAUGAGAACGACACCCUGCCUUUACACUCUCCGUGGACUUUUUGGCUCGAUAGGUCUCUGCCAGGAACAACAGCAGCUGAAUGUGAGUCAAACCUGAAGAAGAUCUACACGGUGGAGACGGUCCAGAACUUUUGGAGGGUUUACAACAACAUACCAGCCGUGUCCAGCUUGCCACUGAGAUGUAGCUAUCAUCUAAUGAGAGGAGAGCGAAGACCACUCUGGGAGGAAGAAAGCAAUGCCAAGGGCGGGGUUUGGAAAAUGAAAGUACCAAAAGAGUGCACUUCCGCUGUGUGGAAGGAGCUGCUGCUGGCCACUAUCGGAGAGCAGUUCAGUGAUUACUGUGCAUCAGAAGACGAAGUGGUCGGGGUCAGCGUCAGCGUCCGAGACAGAGAAGACGUCGUUCAGGUCUGGAAUGGAAAUGCUUCUUGUGCCAAUGAGGCGAACAUCUUAGGACGGAUCUAUGAGCUCCUCCCACAGAUAUCUUUUAAAGCAGUGUUUUACAAGCCACACGAGGAGCACCAUGCAUUCGAGGGAGGCCGCUCAAGACAUUAGCACAUUUUGCACAUAAGCCACUUAAGAUUAUUAUUCUUCUCAUGAACGUGUUAAGGGUCGUAAUAUUUGGGCAAGUUUUGAGGCAAUGACGUUCAAAUCCGUUGCUCGCUUACCAAAUCAUGUGUAUUAACUGAAAAUGUUGCCCAGGUAUUAUGACCUUUUAAGUGACGUUGAGAUGACGAUGGAGUUUUCCCGUCUGCUGAGCACUACUGUCAUUCAUCAAUAUCCCAAACACUUUGGUUUCAGCAGCAAGCAAAAAGCAUUUUGGUUUCACUUUUUAGCUAUGGAUGUGUUUGUAUGUUUUUUAUACUAAACAUUUUGCAGAACUUAAACCAAAAUAUAGCAGAUCAUGUACAGUCUGAUUUUUUUAGAGAUAUAUAAUAUUAUCAUAUUUUGGGCCGUUUCCUGAGCACAGACAAAGCUAGGUCUUUGAAUUACAUCUCUCUCUUUUUUUUUUAUUUUUUUUUAUUUUUAUUUUAUUUUAUUUUUUUGAUCCUCAAAGAUGCCUAGUUCCAGAAAGCAAACCUUUAUCUUGACAAUGCAAUAUAAGGCUUUUCUAUCUGCUCUUUCUGUGUUUUGUAUGUUUGAGCCUAAAUAUUGUUGUCUAUACUGGAGAAAAUUAAUGCUAUGUUGUUAUGCUAGUCAUGUACAGAAAAUUGCACAUUUCUUGGUUUUGAUUUUAAUCUUUAGGAUAGGAAUGAAUUGUGAAAAGAAUAUGUUCCUGUUACAAUAAAAAUGACUUCAGCACACACACAAAAAAAAAAAAAAAAAUGACACGCAUAGUUGCUGAGAAAUAUGCAAUCCUUUGCAUUUAGUGGGUUUUUGGACAAAUUUACAGUGUUAUGGUUUUCAUUGUAUUUAAGCUUGUGUCUUAAAUUAGGCACUCGUCUUUAUGUACAAAAGGCAUCAGACAGUCCCCCCAGGAUCAUGCAGUUUAUUACUGAUUACACAGACCAGUAACACUUGGUUUUGUGGUGCCUUUUUUGGUUAAAAUUGUGUGAGAUUUACAAUUUGACAACUUUUGUUCAUGAUGAGAAUCAUGAGUGACAGGAAGAGAUACUUUAUAUGCCCUUUGACAAAUGUAUUAAAUAGAUGUAAUUGUGGUAAAAUAUAAAUUUGAGAAAGGCGUAAGGAAUUAAAAAAAAAGCAAGCUCUUGUGAUAUUUACAUAAAUCAGAGUGGGAAAAAAGAAAACUCUGCGAUUACAAAAUCCUGGAGGGACUGAUCAGGGCCUAUUUUAGUGCAUUUGCAUAAAGUAGAAGGGUUUUAAUAAACCAAUCCAGACGCUGCAACAGGGUAUGACAAUGAAACAGCCCUUAAUCGCCUAAAUUGUAUUGAUGAAAAAACAGAGAUUGCAUGCCACUUAAAUAUGAAAACAUUGUCAAUGUAAUCUCUCUAAUCAAUAGUGAAAGUUUGCUUUUUUUCUAAGUUUGUAUGUUUAAUAGGCUGUAUUUGUAUUGUUUGAAAUUAGUAUCAAAUGAAGCACAUGUUGACAUUUAAGAUGGAACUGGAAACUGGAUUAUGGUAAAUGUGUGCGUGUCAUCACCUCACCAAAGGCGCCUUUCUUCUGUGUGUGUGUGUGUGUGUGUGUGUGUGUGUGCAUGUGUGUGUAUCUGUGUGUGAAUGGGUGAGAAAGUGAGAGCGACAAAGACUUCUCUAGGCUGCAUACAGUAGUGCAGAUUUUCAUAUUUAUAGGCUAGUGCCACAAUAAUAAUACACAUCCGAGGUCAUUUCUACAGAGAUGUAAAGAAUGCACUGAGCGCCACAGAAUGACCAGUGACAUGAUUUAGAUUAAUAUCUUAAAAAAAAAAAAAAAAAAGUAAUCUUUUAAAAUGUAUAGCUGUUUGCAAUGCUGGUGGCUGGGAGAGCUUUCUGUGGCAGAGCAAACAUGUGCACAGGAAGGAAGUAAUAAAUUUAAAAGCAUGAACUUUGCCAAACUUGUUGACAUUGUUUUGUUACCCUGCUCUGUUGUUCAUGCAAUAAUAUCCAAGCACACACCGUGUAAUGGCACCCACGCACAUGCAGUCGGACUCUCAGCUCAGAUCUCGGACCUUGUAGUUGAUUGUUUAUCUUGGAAUGGUGCCUUGUGUUUACCAGCAGUUUAGAAAGUUAUUUAAGUUCAUCUGUCUUUGACCAGUUGGAAUUGUAUCCAGUUAUGUUUGUUAAGUUUUACACAUGUUGAAAAAAAAUCAUAAUUAAGAACUUCCACCCA